UUCCUGGGCCCACUGAUGCAGCUCUCUAUGGAUUGCUCCUGUGACCUGGCAGAUGGGUUGAAGGUGGUUUUAGGUGCGUCUUCAGGGCUGAGGUAGAAAGUGGGUACAGGCAAUCCAGGACACUGGCAAGAGGGUGAAGGUGGGGCCUGGACUGGGGGCCUGCAUGAGAUGUCCUGUGUCCUCACCAGUAAAAUAGGAUCACUUGGAGGCUGGUCGCUGAGAGCUGGUUCCUGGUGUCCAAGGAGGCCCUUAGGACCCCAGCAGUGGUGGUAACUUGUCUCAGUCCCCUCGCUCCUGGGCGCGCUGCCUCACAGACAUGCGCUGGCUGCGGAACCAAGUGAUCGCACCCCUGACAGAGGAGCUGGUGUUCCGGGCCUGCAUGCUGCCCAUGUUAGCUCCGUGCACGGGCCUGGGACCCGCCGUGUUCACCUGCCCGCUCUUCUUUGGAGUUGCCCAUUUCCACCACAUUUUUGAACAGCUUCGUUUCCGCCAGAACAGCGUAGGGAGUAUCUUCUUGUCUGCAGGUUGGUCCUCAGCCUCUCGCGGGGUCCUGGGAGCUCGGGCCCACAGGCGUGGGCGGGAGAACGGGGAUACUGUGUGCUCUAGGGCAGCGAGUCCUCCUGCCACCAGCCCGAGGACACCUGAUCGGGCCGGUUCUCUGUCACUCCUUCUGCAAUUACAUGGGCUUCCCCGCGGUGUGCGCGGCCCUGGAGCAUCCGCAGAGGCGGCCGCUGCUGGCAGGCUACGCCCUGGGCGUGGGACUCUUCCUGCUCCUGCUGCAGCCCCUCACGGACCCCAAGCUCUACGGCAGCCUCCCGCUCUGUGUGCUCUUGGAGCGGGCGGGAGACGCAGAGGCCCCUCUGUGCUCCUGACCCCCGCUCUCCUGCGUACUCCUACGGACUCUCACGGGCUGCCCGGCCCCCCCCAGCGAGGGGGACUGCGGGGGACGAGCUUGGCUGGGGCCCCCGAGAUCUCAGGAAUUUUUGUAGGGGAUGGAAGCCAGAGCCAGUUGAAUCGCAGGGACCACGAGGAAGGCGCAGACUUCCCGGGGCGCGGCCCUCGGCAGGAGGGUGAGGCGCCGCUGGGGACGGGCGGCCCCCCGGCCGCCUUGGGCUGCUGCGUCUCUGAGCCCCCGCACCCCUGCUCCGAAAGCUGCUCGGGGGUGGAGUCUACAAAGGCCCCCCCCCAGUUUCCCAGGGUUUUCUCACUGUCUUUUUGCAUUAGGACUUUGUAUUGGGACAUUAAAGAGAUUUAA